UCCGGCAUAGCUGCUACGCUCUUCUGCAGUAUUAAACAGCUCUUUUAAGUGUUAAACAGCUCUUUUAAGUGUUAAACAGCUCUGUAACACCUCAACUCCCACUGUCGCCAAGUAAACAAAUAGCGGUGCUGGCUGAAAGGUGCCGUAUUUAUAGGCACGGCCCUCAAAUGCCGUGUUGGGCAUCCAAAAUCUGAUUGGACAAUGCGAAGUGGCGUGAAUGCAAAUAAGGCGAUUCUAGUAAGACUUUCUGAUUGGGUAGAAGGCCAUCAGCCAAUCAGAUAGCAAAAUUCCAACCUCAGUCAGACUAUAAAUAGGCCCAGUAGAGCCGUUAGAGAUGAUUCUCCUGUUGCUGUAAUUCUUCUGUGUCGGAAUGUCUGGACGAGGAAAGCAGGGGGGAAAAGCACGCGCCAAGGCUAAAUCUCGCUCCUCUAGAGCAGGUUUGCAGUUUCCCGUAGGUCGAAUUCACCGUUUACUCCGUAAGGGAAACUAUGCAGACCGGAUAGGGGCAGGCGCACCAGUGUACUUGGCGGCAGUGUUAGAAUAUCUGACAGCAGAAAUUCUUGAACUGGCUGGCAAUGCAUCUCGCGAUAACAAGAAAACUCGCAUUAUUCCCCGCCACCUGCAGCUAGCCAUCCGCAAUGACGAGGAACUCAAUAAGCUUUUAGGCGGCGUGACCAUUGCACAGGGCGGGGUCCUGCCCAACAUUCAAGCAGUGCUGCUGCCCAAGAAGACUGAGAGUCACCACCAUAAAGCCCAAAGCAAGUAACUUCGGGCUGUCGUUGGUAUAGUGACUUUUAAGUGUCAGAAAA